AAAUGCGUAACACCCACUCUCUCCUCAUCAUCUUCAUCUUCAUUCUAACAGUGGCCCAAUAUUUGAUUAGCUCCUCUGCAGAUGUCUCCAUCCAUCACUGCCGGCGACUAUUGAUCCACACUCAACAAAGGCAAAGCCCAGUGGCUCAUGGAGAUUGGGGGUUAGGUUCUGGUUUUGAUGACCGCAGGAAAAUCUUGAUGGACGAAAUACGGAAGAGCAUGGAACUCUUAUCGGAGGAAAAUCCAGCGAUUCUGGCGCCAGAUUCUGGACGGAAUGCCCACAGGUACCUCUUAUCGGAGCAAAGUCCAGCGAUUCCGGCCCCAGAUUCUGGAUGGAAUGCCCACAGGUACCUCUUAUCGGAGCAAAGUCCAGCGAUUCCGGCCCCAGAUUCUGGACGGAAUGCCCACAGGUACCUCUUAUCGGAGCAAAGUCCAGCGACUCCGGCGCCAGAUUCUGGACGGAAUGACCACAGCCGACUCUUAAUGGAGGAACCACGAAAGCAAAGCCCAACGGCUCAUGGAGAUCGCCGGCGUCGGAGAUUACUAGAUUCUCACCAAAGCCGACUCUUAAUGGACGAACCACGAAAGCAAAGCCCAGCAGCUCAUGGAGAUCGUCGGCGGCUUCUUCUCGCUUCCGAUUUUGAUUACCGCCCGGUUCGGGUUCGAGGCACCCGGUUCAAGCUAGAAUGAAGGUGGGCACAGGUCGGGUUCGAGUUCGACCGGUUAACCGUCGAAUCUAAGGCAAGGCAAGGAUCAUUUUCAUUAGGGGUAGGCACAAAUCAGGGUCAAGUUCAACCGGUUAUCCGUCGAAUCUUAAGGGUGAGUGCAAGUGGUUCGAGUUCACCCAUUAACGGUCGAAUCCGACCGGAAUCGGGUUAACCGGGUCAAAACCUUGAAUUUCCUACCCCUAAUUUUCAUUAUACUUUUCAUAACGCUGCUGCUAUACAAUCACAGAUCAGAUCAUAUUUGUAUUACUUUUUUUUUUUUGUGAAAACUAUUUGUAUUACUAUAUUUAUCUACUUCUGUUUGUUGAAUUUAUGGAGUACGUGUUAUAUAUCUCA